CUUCCUCAAAUUACUCUCUCCCAAUCAUAUAGUGCAGUAAGGUCAUCUGAAAAUGCCACCUUCUGAGAUGGGAGAUUUUAGAAUUGAGAGACAGACCAAGCAAGGAGACUCCACAGUGAAGGCUAAUCCAGGGAAAACUACAUUGCUGGCUCUCGGCAAGGCCUUCCCUCACCAGCUUGUGAUGCAAGAAUAUCUUGUAGAAGGGUACUUCAGAAACACCAACUGUGAUGAUCCUGAGCUCAAGGAGAAGCUGGCUCGUCUCUGCCGGACAACAACAGUUAAAACAAGGUAUGUAGUCAUGUCAGAAGAGAUACUAAAGAAGUACCCAGAGCUUAUUCUUGAAGGCCUUCCAACUGUUCAGCAACGGUUAGACAUAUCUAACAAGGCAGUAACACAAAUGGCAAUUGAAGCUUCAGAAGCUUGCAUCAAGAACUGGGGAAGGCCUAGUUCAGACAUAACCCACUUGAUUUAUGUUUCUUCAAGUGAAGCCCGGCUGCCUGGAGGAGAUCUCUACCUAGCAAAAGGGCUUGGGCUUAGCCCUGAUGUUCAUCGGGUUAUGCUCUACUUCAUGGGCUGCUCAGGCGGCGUUGCUGGCCUCCGUGUAGCCAAAGACAUUGCUGAGAACAACCCAGGUAGCCGUAUUUUGUUGGCAACCUCUGAGACCACCAUUAUUGGGUUCAAGCCUCCAAGUGCAGAUCGACCAUAUGAUCUUGUGGGUGCUGCCCUGUUCGGUGAUGGAGCAGGAGCAAUGCUACUUGGCACUGACCCCAUUUCAAAUGUGGAGAAGCCUCUGUUCCAGCUGCACACUGCAAUGCAGACUUUCUUGCCAAACACAGAGAAGACGAUUGAUGGCCGGCUCACCGAAGAAGGAAUCAAUUUCAGGUUAGGGAGAGACCUUCCUAACAUAAUCGAAGAUAAUGUGGAGGGGUUCUGUCGUAAACUGAUGGGGCCUUCUGGAUUUUCCGACAAAGAGUACAACAAGAUGUUUUGGGCAGUUCAUCCAGGUGGGCCAGCAAUUUUGAAUCGAUUGGAGAAGAGGCUUGAAUUGUCACCUGAGAAGCUGAGUUCUAGUAGAAGGGCACUGAGGGACUAUGGAAAUGCUAGUAGUAACACAAUUGUGUAUGUGUUGGAGUACAUGAUAGAGGAAAGCUUGAAGAUGAAGAAAGAAGGGAAGGUAGAUUAUGAGUGGGGUUUGAUUCUAGCUUUUGGGCCUGGAAUUACAUUUGAGGGGAUUCUUGCAAAGAAUCUUCUUGUUUGACUCUUCUUCCUUUUUUUUUCCCCCCAACU